AUGGUGGAGGAAGAAACGAAGUGCUGGAUAUGUCUUUGUUCUGGAGAUGAAUGCCCACCUAUGGGCUCUCUUAACGACGCCCACGACUGGGUGCACCCGUGCAGGUGUUCUUUAGUGGCCCAUCGCAAGUGCCUCUUAGAGUGGGUGUCUCGAAACCAUCUCGACUAUAAGAACGAAGUGCUGAAUAAUUUCAGUAAUGAGGGUCUGAACAUAUGGUUUGAAUCUAUAAAUAUUUCUGACGCUUAUUCGUGGCUUCACUUGGCUGCAGGUAAUCUCCAGCCUUUGAGUUGGUUUGGAGUGCGCAAUCUGAGAUCGGAUGCUUUUCCCAAUGAACUCAGAUCUUUUGAUCCCAUUGAAAUCAGUCAAGUCUUCUUGGGUGAAAUUGACGAAUCUGUGGUCAGAAACGUUGCUGAGGCCAUGGCUGCGGGUGCUCGAGAAGUUUCCUUUGCUGAGGACUUGUCACUUCGGAAAUCACGCAAGUUGGUGAUUAAUACAGUUUGUCCGCAAUGUAACGCUCCGAUCUUACUCAAGACUAGUCGUGGGAUCAUAGUUCCAACAUCGGUUCUGAUCUCUAAGACCUUAAACUGGUUUUCCAAAACUAUAACUCAAACAACCAUACUAGGAACCGUGGGAGGCUCUCUUCUUUUCAGUUUUGGUGGUCUUCUAACGUCAUGGGGGCUGCGCAUACUCACCACUCUAGCUCCCGAGAGCACACUUCUGAAACUUCUAGAUUUACAAACGGCCUCUUCCUUGUACCAGGCUUUCCAGAAGAAUCAAAUAGGUAUCAGACAGAUUAUGUUACUGGGCUUGGCACCCAUCUACUUGCUAAGCUUUAGAUUUGAGAAUAGGUUUAUGAGCUGGCCUAAACGACUGUAUCCACUCCUGUUUCUCAAGCCAGGCGAAGCUUUGGGAAUGAACGUAAAGAGGUUUCUGUUGCUACAAUACCCAGCAUCGGUACUCAAUGAUUCCUUCAAGGCCCUUGUAUACAACCCAAUUUACUUCAGCUGGGUCCACCGGGUGAAGCCCUACUUCGUAUGUGACAGGAUGUCUUUGCAGCAACUAAAGCUUUACGAGGCAGAGCAGCAAUACCUUGAAACCCAACGCGACCUUGAAGAGCGCAAUCACAAUUCACAGGGUAUACUGGCAAAAAUGCUAAAUCCAUUCAGAUCAGGUACUGAAGAACCCAUCGCACAAGGCAUCAGCGCCCGUCGUCUUACUAUGCUAACGAGAUUUGACUACUCUCAGGCUCUUAUAGAGACAACGUUCUGGGAGAAAAUCGGUAGCACCAUUUUAUGGCCUGCGGCUGGUAAACUAAUACACGAUGCGGUUCUCUCGAAAUCUGCCUGGUUCAAGAGUUUUCUGUCACAAUGCACAUCGACUCCAAAUGACGGUUUGUACCUCGGAAAUUUGAUCGGAUGUUGUGCAGUGGUACUCUUGAAAGAUUUGGUCCAUUUCUUCAUCACUUGGCGCAGGGUGAGGCAACUGGAGAGUAUGGAAGUCAUGGAGUACAUGUCCACAGAAUGGGAAUAUAUUCUGAACAGGAAAAUCGGCCAAAUUCUCAAUCACUUAACUGCCUUGGGCGAAGACGAGGAAUCACAAUCGAUUCUCAACGAACAUGUAAACAGCAUGCUAGCGGGCCCAUACCGCGAUCAGUGGGUGGAUAUUUCGGCAAAUAUACCGACGCUAGCUGGCAAGGUCAACUUCUUCAGGUACCUAGCAAUGAAAAUGGGUAUCGAGCGUUCUGCCGCUUUCAGAAAGACAAAGACUGGAAUAAUGUCUCAUUUAGGUCACCGAUAG